AUUAUUGUUGAUGCGAUAGCAUUGGGAAGGCAUAAAUUCACUGAUACUACCAAAUUCUCUUGCACGUAUCAACGACAAUGGAACAAUGUUUGAGAAAGAGAGGUGUUGUGAAUCGGGACAGGAUCAGUGAGUUGCCUGAAGAUUUGCUUCUACAUAUAUUGUCUAAACUUCCAACGAAAGAUGUCAUAGCCACGAGUGUUUUGUCUAAACAAUGGCGAUUUCUUUGGACGGUGGUGCCGAGGCUCGAGUUUGUAUCUCCCAGUAAGAAUUUUGCACAGAAUGUUGGCAGGUGUUUGCUUUCACAUAAAGCUCCGGUUCUAGAAAGUUUGCAUAUGAUGGUUGAAGAUACAUGUGAUGAACAAUAUAUUGGAGAUAUUGGAGCAUGGGUUGGAAUUGCAUUUGCACACCACGUGCGUGAGUUCGUACUCGAUGUUCUUCUUUACUAUGGUCAGAAAGUCCAAUUUCUGAGUAGCUUGUUUUGCUGCGAUACACUUGAGACCUUGAAGCUCAAGAAUUGGAUUCAUCUAGAUGUUUCCUUUCCGGUUUCUAUGAAGUCCCUUAAAACACUGCACCUUGAAUCUGUGACGUACAAAGACGAUGAAUCCAUUUGUAAUCUUUUAUCUGGCUGCCCUAAUCUUGAAGACUUGCUCGUGCACCGAUGUCGUUACCCUAAUUAUGUAAUGAAUUUUGUUAUCGUGUCACCAUCUUUGAAGAGACUAACGAUCAAAGAUCGCACUGAUGGACGGGCCGGGGGAUAUGUAGUAAACGCUCCUUCUCUAAAAUACUUGACAAUUGAAACGUUACAAGGUUAUGAGAAUUGUAUGAUUGAGAAUGCGCCAGAACUAGUUGAGGCAAAUAUUAGAAACAUUUCUAAGAUAGUCAAUGAGAAGAUUAUGGGAUCUCUCAAGUCAGUCAAACGCCUUUCCUUGGACAUAUCACCCUUGGAGAUUAAGUGUCCUACUAGUAGCAUCUUCUAUCAGCUGUUAUACCUAGAGAUGCAUACCCAUAGAGUGGAGUGGUGGAAUCUACUGACCCUUAUGCUCGAGAGCUCUCCUAAACUGCAAGUCCUCAAGCUCAUUCAUGAAUAUUCGCAUUAUUAUCGUAUGCGUUAUUGGCGGACCGGUGAGAAAUGGAGUGAACCAAAGUAUGUUCCUCAAUGUUUGUUGUCCCAUCUCGAGACAUUUGUAUGGACAAGAUACGAUUCAAGAAAAGAAGAGGAGAAAGAAGUAGCAACUUACAUUCUAAGGAACGCAAUACAGUUGAAGAAGGCAUCUUUCUCCGCUAGACCCAUUGAAGACUUAAACGAGAUGGACGAGAGACUUGAGAUGCUUGAGGGGUUGAAUGGAGUAGUCAGGGCUUCAAAUUCAUGUCACCUUGUGCUUGAAUUGGAAUGA